UUCAUUAGCCAAUUGCCAAUAUGCAAUACAAAGUUAAGACGGGGUCAGCUCAGAACACCUCAAAAUUGGGACAUACAUUUUAUUCCCCAACUUGGAUUUGUUUUGUAAAGAAGUUCCAAGUCGUUGGUUUAAAUUUUUGUGAUAUCUUUCUCAUCAUUCAGCUAAUUUCUCAGAUAAUUUUUUCAUAUAAAAAGAGGACCAAAUCAAAUAUUCGGAUAUAGUUUGAAAGCAGUAUUAGAACCAUGAAGUUUAAAGUUAUUGGUGUUUUAGUUAUUUUGGCCAAUUUUUCAAUUCAAUCUCACGGAUUACCAUUUGGAGAUUUUGGAGAAUUGGCAUCAGUUGCUGAAUAUGGAGAACAAUCAGCUGAAUUGAAACGAGAUAAAAGAACUUUGACUACAAUUUGUGUUGAGAUUAAGCCAAGCAGUCCGUAUGAGGAACCGUAUUUUAUGUGCAAAGGAACAGAUAGUCCAAAAUAUUCUAAAGGCAGUAGUGAUUCGUCAUCAUCAUCAUAUUCAGCAAAACCAACUAAUAGUUACAAACCAUCAAAACCUUCGAGUUAUUCAAAUGGUGGCGAAAGUGAUUCAUACCAUUCGUCGGAUAAUGAGUACCAUGCUCCAUCGAAGACAUCAGAAUAUCAUCCUGAACACUCAAAGUACAACAGUAAACCAUCAUCAGGAGGUUAUGAUUCAGCAAAAGAAUAUUCAGCACCAUCCAAACCAAUUUACGAUAAACAUCCAUCAUAUGAUUCUCAUCAUUCUGAUUCAUACUCUCAUUAUGAAGUUCCUUCCAAACCGUCUCACUCUUCAUAUGGAUCAGUGAAGCCAUCUUAUGCCGAUCAUCAGGACAGCCACGAUGAUUACUCAAUUCCUCAUCCAGUUCAUAAAGUAACUUAUGAAAAACCAUCUGCUCCUGCAACCUACUCAUCGAAACCACAAACCUACAGUCAUGAAAUUCCAUCAUCAUAUGAUCACAGACAGCCAUCAACUGGUGGAUAUUCCAAACCAAAUUCAUAUGAAGGUCAUACUUCGUCAGGAGGUGGUUAUUCAAAACCAAGCAGCUCCUAUGAGCCUUCAGAAUACUCCAAACCAAGUUCUUAUGAUCAUGGCAGUUCUCACGACUCCAAACCAUCAUCGUACAAUGAAGAAAGCCAUUCCAAACCAUCAUACGGUCAUGGACACGAUGGACAUUCAUACAGUGCUCCACCAGAAACAAAAGUUUUAUACUCUAAGCCAAGCUCAUAUCCAGCUAAACAAACUGCCUAUGAACAUGCGGAUAACUCACAGUAUGGUCAACAAAAACAGCCAUCAUCAAGCCAUUACUCGAAGCCAAGCCAGGACUAUGGAAAACCUGAACAACACUCGGCGGCCUAUGCACCACCACAAUCACACAACUAUAGAAUGAUGCCUCAGGAACUGAUGCAGCCAUCAUGGGAAUCUCAACCUCAACAAUUACAAUCUGAUGGGUUUGGCUAUCGAUCUUAUGGUGCUCCAAUGGAAUACCAACAACGCCAGGAAACUCCGAGAAUGAUGAAUCCUGAGUCGCAACUUUACACUGGUUUAGAAGGUCCUUUAAGGUUUGAUUUAUCGGGAAGUGAUCAGGAAGCACCAACACUACAAUCACCAUAUCUUCAUCAGACAUAUUCUUCACCAGCUCCAGUUGCCCCAUCUAAUGCGCCACACUAUGCUCCAGCAGCUCCAUCAUACCCAAACCCGGCAUACCCACCAGCAGCACCAGCUUAUGCUUCUGUUCCACCUUCAUCGUAUGUUCCAGUUGCAGUUCCAUCUUAUGCACCACCAGCUGCACCAUCUUACGCACCUGCACCAUCAUCAACUGUGUACCCAGCACCUCCGUGUCCACAAAACUACAUGUACAGUUAUCAACCAGUGAUUAUGUCAGUUCCAUGCUAUUCUUUGUCAGCUGGUUAUAGUUUACCUAACUAUGGUCAAUCAUUGGGUGCUCCUGCCAAGGUAAAUCCUCUACAAGAUCACCCGAGUGCACGUUCCGAAGGUGGUAGUGGCAACUCUGAUUCAAAUCAUAAAUCUGCAGAAGAUGAUUCUCAGGAAUCUCAAGAAAGUAGUGAUAAAAAACCCGACUCAGAAGUUGAAACUGGCCAAACUACUACCACAUUAAAAAAGUCAGAUAAUUUAAGGAAACCAUCAGCAUCAUCUGGAGAUAAUACAUCGGAAGAGAAAAAACAUCAAGUUGAUAAGAAUUCAUCCCAGGAAGAAGUUGUGGGUGGACCAGCAGCAGUAGCUGCAGUUGAAAAACCAAUUCAAGAAACUCAAAUUGUUGCAGUUGGAACAAAUCCAAAAAACCCAAAUGAAGCUCCACAUACCAAAGAGGCUUUCAAUGCUAUGAUGAAAAUGGCUAGAAUUGCAGCUCAACUUAAUAAAGAUGAUCCAUCGAAUAAAGGAGCUAACGAUGCUGCAGUAGGGUCAACAAUGCAAACUAAUGAAAAACCACCAACUGGAACUAACUUACAACAAUUCUCCACCAGGACAAACUAA